AACCGUCAAGUCAGCUUCACCAAGCAGCAGUUUCAAGCAGCGCCCCCAUUACAACCAUGAAGAUGUUCAUUACCGCCUCGCUGGGAGUGUUGCUGGUGGCAAGCCUGGCCGCCGCCGACCAGUACCAUCAUGCGCCGGAGUACGAUCACGCCCCGGCCAAGCAGAUCCCGAUCGUGCACAGCGAAUCGUACAGCAGCCACGACGGUAGCUACAAGUUUGCGUACGAGUCGGGCAACGGUAUUACCGCGCAGGAGGAAGGCUUCGUGAAGAACGCGGGCAGCAAGGACCAUGAGGUGCAGGUCGCCCACGGUUCGUACUCGUACACCGAUCCCCAUGGUGUCCCGGUGUCGCUGAGCUAUGUGGCCGAUGAGAACGGUUUCCAGGUGCAGGGCUCGCACGUCCCGACGCCGCCCCCAGUCCCGAAGGAGCUGGUCGAUGCGUACGCCAAGGCCGCCAGCCAGCCCCAGAGCCACGACGAGCCGGAAUACGCUCAGCCCGCCCAGCAGCACGGAUACAGUGCCUACUAAGGUGUGACAAGAAAGAGAGAGAAAGAGAGAGAGAGAGGCUAGUGCUGUUGCACCUGGUAAAAGCAGUAGUGGCUAGUGAACAGCAGGACUGUGGAGCUGUUAAUCUCAAUACCAACACUGACUGACUUCGGGGUCAUCGAUAACUCGUGCUCCGAUCGUUUUAUUUUGCUGAUGUGUAACCCAAAACAUAUAGUAUGUGAUAUAUAAAACAAUUUUAAAGAAAAUUUAAA